AAUUAUUUUUUUAAUGAUAAAAUUUAUGAUCUUGACACAAGAAUUUGUUAUUUAACAAAGUAAAAUUCAAGGACUCUUUUGUAAUAAUUAUUAAGGACUACCUAACCAUUUACCUAAAAUAGAUCUUUGAUCAUAAAAAUAGAGAUCGGCCAUCCGAUAAUGCUCUCCGAUCUCCGCGGAUCCCACUUAGGACGAACAAAAGCAUCGAAAUCCAAGAGCAACUUACAACCUACCGCACUCUAUAAUUUCUCUUAAGAAACUGAAGAUAACUUUCCCCUGGCGAAAAUCCUUCGCCUUAUCUCUGCUAAGGCAACAUAAAAACAGUCUUUAACGGAAACAGUCACCCAAAGUCAUGGCUCUAUCGUCCACCGCCGCAACCAUUUACGUUUCCCGUAAAAGUUUCCGUUCCCCAAUACCAAAAAGCUCCUCCGUCAUCUUCCCAACAAAACCGAGUCGCCUUCGCGUUAGGAGCUCCGGUGAUGUAUCUGCGGAGGUCCCUGCAACAGAGGCAGAAGCCGAGAGAUCUAUCGAAGCUCCCAAAGAACCACCAUCCUUGAUUUCUGCUCUCAAUGUCGAGCGAGCUCUUCGUGGCAUAGCAAUAACAGAUGUGGAUCAUUAUGGUAGACUCGGACUUCAGAGAGGUUGUUCAUAUGAACAGGUUACGGUUGCGUAUAAGAACAAGGUUCAGGAAGUGCUGAAUAGGGGGCUUGGCGAAGAAGAACUCAGCAUGGAAAUGGAACUUUUGAAAGAAUCGUAUGGAAUAUUGUCUUCUGUGGAAGAACGAAGAAUGUAUGAUUGGAGCUUGGCUAGAAGCGAACAGCCCGAUACAUAUAUGUGGCCGUUUGAGGUCGAUAUCACCCAAACUCCAACGGAGGACCCUCCACCACAGGAGCCUGAGGACGUUGGGCCAACAAGAUUAGUUGGAUAUUUCAUACUGGGAUGGCUUGUUCUUUCUUUUGCAUUAUCUAUUGCUCUCAACAGAUAGGAAAAUGUAAAAUGGCUAUUUCCAUAACAUGAAUAAAAUUAUGAAAUUUCUUCGAAAAAUCAAUUAAGGUUAUUUUUAUUAGCAAAUUUUUUUUAAAAAAAAAAGGGAGUUAUUUUUAUUAGCAGCCACGUAAAGUUUAGUCAUCUAAAAAGUAAUAAUAAUUACAAAAACAGAAUUCUUAGUUUCAUAAAUAACCUUAAAAAAAGGGAAUCUAGUUAUAGAAGAGACAAAUUUUCAAAACUAAACUGAAUUUCUUUUUUUACCAAAAUCCUAAUCCAAUUUAAACCAUAAAAUUUUUUCGGAUGAAAAUUGAAAUAAAACAGCGACCCUGUCACCAACAUGGGACUUUGAGUCCAACCACAUAUUACCUGUAUUUUUUUUUUUUUUUUUGAUUACCUGAAUUAAUUCACAGUCCACGAGGAGAAGGGGUCGGUUUAAGUAUCAAGUUAUGGUUUGACCCAAUUUCUCUAUUGUAGAAGUUAAACCUAAUCUAAAAAUCUAGUUCUCUAAAAGGUCUUUCCAUUUUUUUUAAAAAAAUCUAUUAUUUUCAGCUUUUAAAUAAUUAGAUAAGAGUUUCAAAAUUUUCAGGACGUCCUAUCAUGCUAAGACGUUUAUCAAGCCGUUCAUCACAUGAAUCUCAAAUUGAGACCCAUGUGAUUCAAACUCAUGUGAUUGACGACUUGAUGAAAAUCCUAACAUGUAAGAACUUCUUAAUUUUCCCUUUUUGCAUUAAAUAAUGUACUCUAAAAUUU